GACAACAAUGGUUGGCAAGUUGCUGUGGUAUAAGAGGAAUAAAACACCUCAGGAUGUGCUGUUAUAGGAAAAUCCAAACAUUAUCAAAUCAUUCAUAAAGAUAAACUGCUGCUUAGUUAGCCAGCUUUGGAAAGCUAAAUCACCUCAGCUCUUUUCACUAGCAAUAGAUUCUUUAGCAUUAGCGACAUUAUUUAAUCAUGAACCAUUUUUUUUUUUUUGUCCAAAACUUUACAUUUUACUAUGUUUUCUAAACUAAAAUACUCUCAGACUGCUGAUGUUUGUGCUUUAGAGAGGGUAUUUGUCAGAAAAACUUGAGCCGAAUCAAGUUGUAUAAAUAGAAUCGACUCUGAAACAUUCGGAGUCGACUCCAAAUAAUUUUCGUCUUUUAAAAGCCUGGAAUCGGAGAAUCGACUGUUUUUGGAAUCGACUCCCAGCCUUAUAACACGUAAGAGCAUGGCUGAGGCGAGUAACGGUACACGAGGAGGAGAUUUGAGAUCCCAAGCCGCCAGUCUGGAUGUAGAUGAAAAUGAGGAAAGUUCUGAGGUGUUCCUGAGUGUGCUUGUACAUCAUGACCAGGUCGGGCUCAGCUUCUACGACAGUAAAGAUUGUACCCUGUAUGUGAUGCCGGACACGGUGGAUAACCGAGACCUCAGUCUGCUGGAUAGAAUACUCCAGGAGCUCAGCCCUCGUGUCCUCAUCACCAGCGCGAAGCAGGACAGAAGUCUGGCCCGGUUCAUCAGAGCGCUCGGAUCCAAUCCAGACUACAGACCAGAAACUGUAGUGUAUCCCAACGCUGAUUUCGGACUGGAGGUCAGUAAACAGAGGCUGCUGUCCGCACAUCUCCCGUUUCUCCCUCCGUCCAUCGCAGAGAAGGACCGACUCCCGUAUCUCUCCUCCUGCAUCCCGUUCGACUCGGCGUUAAUGGUGAGGACUAUAGGAGCGCUCCUGAAGUGUCUGGACAGGAGGAGAGUCGGUGUCGAGCUGGAAGAGCGCGGCAUGCCGGUUCCCAUAUUACGCUUCCUCACCUACACGCUAUCUGAUGUGGUCUAUAUGGAUAAAGAUGCGUACAGCGUAUUGCAGAUCUUCAAAUUUGAGCAGCACCCUUCGGUUUACAAGCUGCAGUCAGGACAGAAGGAGGGUCUGAGUCUUUACGGAAUUCUGAACCGCUGCCGAUGCAAAUUCGGCUCCGGACUUCUACGGAAGUGGUUUCACCGGCCCACCAGAGACCUGAGCGUGCUGAGGAGAAGACAGGAGGUGAUUCGAUUCUUCACGUCUCCUCGCAACUCGGAGCUCAUGAAGACCCUGCAGAGCUUCCUGCGCAACAUCAUGAACAUUCCGGUUUUGUUACGCAAAAUGUCUCUGUCUCACACCAAAGUGGUCGACUGGCAGAAUCUCUACAAGACGAUGUACAGCGCAGUGGGGAUCAGAGACACCGUCCGCUCUCUCCCCCAGACCAUCCAUCUCUUUCGCCAGAUCAGCGAAGAAUUCACCGACGAUCUGCACUACAUCGCUACGCUCAUCAGCAAAGUGGUGGAUUUUGAAGGAAGUCUGGCUGAGAAUCGUUUUACCGUUAAGCCGAACGUCGACCCCGCCAUCGACGAGAAGAAAAGAAGGAUGAUGGGUUUGUCAGAUUUCCUAACGGAUGUGGCACGUGCCGAGCUGGAGAACCUGGACUCCCGCUUUUCUUCCUGCAGUGUCCUCUACAUCCCUCUGAUCGGAUUCCUCCUUUCAGUUCCCCGACUUCCUGGCAUGGUGGAGAAGGAGAACUUUGAGAUCGAAGGCCUUGAUUUUAUUUUUGUGUCAGAGGACCGGCUUCAUUACCGCAGCGCCAGAACUAAAGAGCUGGACAGCAUGCUUGGAGACAUCCACUGCGACAUCAGAGACAUGGAGAUGGCGGUGAUGACGCAGCUCCAGGCCACGGUCCUGCAGCGCAGCAGCUGCCUCUAUAAAAUUGUUGCGCUGUACGCCGAGCUCGAUUGCCUCAUGUCUCUGGCCCAGGCUUCUCAGGACUACGGCUACUGCGCACCCACGUACACCGAGCGCAGCAGACUGAACCUGCAACACGCCCGACAUCCUCUGCUGGAGCUGUGCGCGCCUGUAUACGUAUCGAAUCCGUGCGUUUGUUCUGACACCGAGGGAAAAGUAAAAGUUAUAACCGGACCAAACUCUUCCGGCAAGAGCAUUUACCUAAAACAGGUGGGUCUGAUCGCGUUCAUGGCUCUGAUCGGCUCGGACGUGCCUGCGAAAGAGGCCGAGAUCGGCCUGAUAGACGGCAUAUUCACACGCAUGCAGAGUCGCGAGUCUGUGUCGGUGGGACUGAGCACCUUCAUGAUCGAUUUAAACCAGAUGGCUCAGGCGUUGAACUACAGCACCGGGAUGUCCCUCGUGCUGGUGGACGAGUUCGGGAAAGGAACCAAUACUGUGGAUGGACUAUCCCUUCUAGCUGCGUGUCUGAAUCACUGGUUAAACAGAGCUCCAGCUCAAUGUCCGCUCGUUUUUCUAGCUACAAACUUCCACAGCGUCCUGCAGCUGGACCUCCUGCCUCGCUCUCCACUGCUCUCCCUGCUGACGUUAGAGACCGCUAUAGACGGGGAGGAGUUGAUCUUUCUCUACCAGCUGAAGGAAGGGAUCUGUCAGUCAAGCUACGCCGCUAACAUCGCCACGCUCGCUGGCCUUCCGCCCGCCAUGGUUCAGAGAGGACUGGAGGUAUCAGAUUUGUACAGAACAGGGAGGACCAUCCAGAGGAUCGACCAGCCCUCCAGUGAAGAACUGAUUACCAGAUGUGAAAGCGUGGUGGAGAAGUUCCUCAGCCUCGAUCUGGACGAUCCUUCGACGGACCUGCAGAGCUUUUUGAAAGACGAGCUGCUUCCCACCAUCGGAGAGGCGCUGUGAUGGAACUUCCCGGGCGAGUAACCGUAAAGGACGACGCCUUUUUUAAAGCACCCGAUUCGCUCGCGGCAGCGAAUCAGGAUAGACCUUCCAGACCGGUAAAAUGGCCGUCUGAAUUAGCGAUGUUUACGUAAAGAUGCGUUCGAAACACUCCGCGAAGUAUUGCUUUGUAUUGUAGUAUUGUAGCAAAAGUAUGUUGGGAGAAGUAUUAGCAUUUCAGUUUGAGAUCUGUGUUAUGGUACGGCACAGUACCGAAAGUCUUGUAUACGUGUUUAUUAACUCAUCGUUGUUGUUUAUUAACGUUGUCAGUAUUCUUUAUUUAUUUUUAAUCUGAUUUUCAUGCAAUCCAAAAAAAGUGAUCUCGAGGAAAUGUUCUGUAUAUGUUCAGUUCUUAAGGUUGAGAGAAAGUUUAUAUAUGAAAUAUAUGUUUCUUGUAACUCUUAUUGUAAAUCUGCACUGAUGAAUCCCAUCACAUCGCUAUGCACGAUCCACCACUUUAUUUACAGCGUAUUCAUUUAUUUCGCUUCUAAAGCCAUUCGUUAUUAGAAAAGCCAUCUCACACACAUCUGGGUAACUGGGUGUUACGUGACGUGUCGGGACGUGUCACAAAAAUAAAAAGAGUACGUACUUUUAGUGCAUAGUUUAAGUAGGCGAAUUGGGACGCAAACACGUGACUCUAGAGUCGUGUCCCAAAUGACGUGUAGAUUUACGAAGUUUAUACGGUUGUUUUUUCUUUCAACAUCGGAGUCUGAUAGCCCCUCCCCCUCUGCUACGUAAGGCUAGUUAAAGCUGCGACAGUUCCAACAUUCCACACUGUGGUAUGUGGUAUCAUCCGGGUAUUUAAAGUGUACUUUUUCUGUUUGGAGUUUUCAGUGUGAACACACUACUCGCACUAUUUUAUACAAAACGGCGUAGAAUUUGUGCACAAGUACGCGAAUUAGGACGCACCUUAUGACUACUGAUAGAAUUAUCCAUCCUAAUCCAGGACGUUAGGCUUGGAGGCGUCCACCAACUGUUCUCCAUCUUGUUCAAAUCUUAUUAUGAGCGAAGCUUUCAUUAUGGGUCAGUUGGGAUUCCUUCCUUUUUUAAAAAGCAUGUUUGGCCAAAGAGUGACCUUUUUUUUCUUCUUCUUCUUUUCGCUCUUUGAUUCUCUCGGAUCAUGGAUUCGAUUGCAGUUUGUCUAGUUUUUCUACUCGGGGUAUAGACGUAUAUCCCGGAGAUUUUAAAACCACCCGUCCGAAUUCUUUA